AAGUUUGGUUAAAAAGUGCGAGUCGCAGUGACCGUUCACCUCACGAAACACAUCACUACUGUCCGCUGACCACAACACACGCAAAAAAGAUUUUUUGAAUACUUAAAUACUUUGAUAGAACAUCAUCUCAGACUUUCUGGAUAGACUGUCCUUUAGGCCGCCUGUCUCUCUCUCUCUCAGUGUCCUGUCUGUCUCUCCAUCUUGGUGACAUUGUGAUUAGAAACCAGGGAGCCUUUGGAGGACUCGCACACCGCAUGCGUCACUAGAGAUCCUGUACCAACAUGGACGUCUUCUCCAACCAAUCUCACCCUUCCUCCAAUCUCUCACUUCCCAUCUCCCCAACUUCUCCACCUCUGGAUCUCUAUUACCCCCUCCCGACCAUCAUCAUCAUCAUCGCGUGUCUCUUCGUGCUGUUCGCGGGCUGCGUGAUCUUUCUCGCCGUGGGCUGUUCUCCCGGAGGAUCCUGGGGUGUGGACGGAGACUGUGGCCUGGGAGACGGCCUCUCGAGUGGACACGCUCUGUCCAGCGAGCCCCAGCUGAAGUUCUGGAAGCGUUUGGGUUCGAUGAGGCAGUCGUUCUCUUCCACGCCGACGUUCAGGCGACCUGUUCAGCCACGUGCGGCCCAGUGCAGAAAGCAAUCGGUGUUGGCGGUACCGGCGGGGUCGAAGAGAAAUGACUCGCAUACGUAUAUCGCUAUACCCUCUCUGCUGCAGUAUGCAACAGAGAUUUAAACUGUUUCCCUAAACGUAGUGAGAUACCUUUCUGUCUACUGCCUACAUAGAGAGAAUCCGACUUUAACUGGAAAUUCAAAAGCAGGCCCAGACAGUUUCUGCACACCUGAAAAUUUAAGUUGAAUGGAAUGUAUAGUAAAAUGCAUUAUAUUUUCAUCAAUACUUAAAGAAAUACGAAAAAUGAAAAUUCUCAAAAAUUGAUUUUACAAAAUCAAAACAUUCACCGAGCGUAUUGCAAUGCAUUCUGGGAUUGACACUGCCUGAGAAAUAGGCUUUUGUUUCUCGUGGUUGAGAAUGCACUGGGGAAAAAACCAACAAGGUCGUAGAAUGCUGUCUAGGUAGGCAGCUCACUGGGUUUUUGAACAAGCUAUAGGCACACACUACAGGCGCUGAGAAUGAUCAGGCUGUGUACAGGAAGUCCUCGUUUCUUUCAACUUCAAUCGAAACAAGACGUGACUCAACAAUAGACCCAAACGUUUGACCGCAGCUCUAUAAACAGCUGGACGUUCACAAGCUCUGUGUGCAGAGAACUAGAAACCUGCAGAACCGAUUCUGCUGACUUGGAAAUUUUUGUAGCUUUUGUAACAUCGUCAUGGUUGCCCUUUCACGUCAUUCGCUGACAGCCUAGAGAUCACCACGUUUGCCAGCACAUUAAACAAGACAUCAAGAGAAGAUAAAUGCUCGAAAACUCACACUACCAAACUUACAGCUCCUUGUGGUACUCUUCCCAUAACUUAUAACAAAUGCAUUUUUAGCCAUUUUUCAUGACGUUGCUUGUAAUUCUUUAUUAAAUUAAGGAUUUUGUACAAAUGUUUUUUUAGAGAUUGUACACAAAAAGAGGCAAUAAAAUCAAGGAUGUAACUAAAUAUAAUAAGAUGCAGGAGGGGCAUAAUCUUAACAACUUUACUAGUAAUGACACACAAGUUGCAUUGGUGUUUUUCUCCAUAUUGUGAUGUGUAUCUGAGUGAAACGGCUUAUGAAAUGUGAAAAAAAUGUAUGGCAGGACUUGAUUUCGUCCUUUAGGAAUUGAUUGGAUCGUUAGAAGCCUGGUCAUCGGACAGUCAAUACAGUCACGCCCCCACGCCAAAACAUGUUUGGAGACGAAGGAGAGGGUUAAUGUGUUUGAUUUAAAGAUUAUACCUGCAUGGAUAAAUCAUUUAUAACAAAACGCAAUAUUUCACAAAAAGUAAGAAUCUACUAUUUUAAUUACAUGGUGAUUUUAAAAGAACAGUUCACUUUCAAAAUGAAAAUUCUGUCAUUAUUUAUACACCCUAAUGUCAUUUCAAAUGUAUGACUUUGUUUCUUCUGCAGAACACAAAAGAAAAUGUUGGUAACAGAAAACCAUCGGUCCUCAUUGACUUGCACUGGUUUUGUGUCCAUACAAUAGAAGUCAAUGGGGACCAAUGGUUUUUGGUUACCAACAUUUUUCAAAAUAUCUUCUUUUGUUUUCUGCAGAAGAAACAAUGUCACGCAGGUUUGAAAUGACAACAGGAUGAGUAACUGAUGACAGAAUUUUCAUUUUGAAGGUGAACUAUUCCUUUAAG